CCAAUGGUCAUUCACUUGGCUGCUGUGCCUGCCCCGGGAUGGUCGACAUCUCCUUGGCCUCUCUGAUCUCUAGCUGUUCCUUCUCUGGUUGCUGGUGCCUCUACUGGAGUCCCACUUUCACCAGCUCUAGUUCCUCUGACUUCAGCCAACAUGUCGAGCUCCCAGCAGCAUCUCAUUCAAGGCAUGCACCAGGACCUCAGCUGCCCCAUCUGCCUCAAGCUGUUCCAGUCUCCCGUGACAACAGAAUGUGGGCACACUUUCUGUCAGGAGUGUCUGUCUCGGGUGCCCAAGGAUGAAGAUGGCAAGGCCACCUCCUGCCCCACCUGCCAGGCUCUUGCCAAGGUGGAGCAGCUGCACAUCAACCAGCAGAUGGAACACCUGGUGGAAUGCUUCCGGCAGGUCCCCCGUGACCACUGUGAAGAGCACCUGGACCCGCUGAGUGUCUACUGCGAGCAGGACCGGCAGGUCAUCUGUGGAGUGUGCGCUUCUCUGGGCAAACACAAGGGUCACAACAUCAUCACCGCUGCUGAGGCCCACCAAAGGAUGAAAAGGCAACUUCCCCAGCAGCAAGUCCAGCUGCAGGAGGCCCAAGUGCGGAAGGAGAAGACCAUUGCCCUGCUGUUGCUGAACCGGCAAAUAGCAGAAGUGGAGGAUACCGUGUCUCGUUUCAAACGGCAGGUGUCGGAACAGCUGGGGGUGAUGCGUUCCUUCUUGGGAACCCUAGAGGCCUCUCUGGGCCAGGAGGCUGAGCGAGUGCAGGACCAGGCCACAAAAGCCCUGCAAAACGAGCGCAAGACCAUGCAUCACUACCUGGACCAGCUCAAGCAGAUGGAGACCGUGUUGGGAGAAGUGCAAGAGGAGACACAGACUGAGUUUCUGAGGAAAUACUGCCUGGUGGCCAGCAGGUUGCAGAAGAUCCUUGGAGAACCCCCACCCAUCGCCCGCAUGGACAUCCAGCUCCCCAUCAUUUCAGACGAGUUCAAGUUCCAGGUGUGGAGGAAGAUGUUCCGUGCACUGAUGCCAGCCUUGGAGAACCUGACCUUUGACCCAGACACUGCUCAACAAAACCUGGUGGUGUCAGAGGACGGCAAGCGGGUGGAGUGUUCCGAGCACAAACAAGCCGUGAGCACGGAUGACCCACAGCGCUUUGAUAAGUCCAACUGUCUGGUCUCGCGCCAGAGCUUCUCGCAGGGGGAACAUUACUGGGAGGUGAUCGUGGAUGAUAAGCCACGCUGGUCUCUGGGUGUCAUCUCGGCUGAGGCCGGGCGCAAGGGCCGCCUGCAUGCCACCCCAUCCAAUGGCUUCUGGCUGAUGGGGUGUAAGGAAGGCAAGAGCUACGAGGCCCAUGUGGAACACAAGGAGCCACGGCCACUGAAGCUGGAGAGGAAGCCCAGCCGCAUCGGCAUCUACCUCAGCUUUGAAGAUGGCCUCCUCGCCUUCUAUGAUGCCAGCGAUGAAGACAACCUGGUGCAGAUCUUUGCCUUCCAUGAGCGCUUCACAGGCACUGUCUACCCCUUCUUCGAUGUCUGCUGGCAUGAUAAAGGCAAAAACAGCCAACCACUGAUCAUCUAUACUCCAGAGUCGGGAGCGCAGUAACUAGCUGGUGACUGUGGAAGAAAUGCUCUGAACUUCACUCAGUCAUUAUUUACAAUAUAGACACACCCAGGCCACGACUCCAGCCACAACUCAGCGACAACUCCAGUUGUAAAGCUCAGAGGUAUCCAGAGAAGUCCACACCAGGACAACCCACAACCCCAGCAAUGGUUGACAUUUUAACUCUUCUCUGUGUUCUACAAGCUGUCCCAAUCAUGCCCGCGUACAUGGACAGAAAAGUCACUGUCCCCAAUAGAAAUAUAUAAUCUUGCAUGGAGUUGGGCAUCUUGAUCAUCUCAGCUUUCGCUGAUUUAAAAAUACAACUUCCCAGCCCUUGUAGUUUGCAAAAGAGUUUGGAAAUAUGUGGGCAGGGUCUGCAGACUCCAAAACAAGAAA